UUGUAUGCAGCUCUGUUGACAAGAGAAGACAACUCUGGCUGUAACACGUGCGACUCCAGCGAUAUAAACAAUAUAUCUUUUAUUAAAUAUGAAGGAAAAACUAGAGGAAACAAUGUCAGAAGAGGAAGAAAGUAUUGCAGACGAAUCAGAAAAUGAAAGCGAAUUGGAUUUAGCGGGCAGCGCCACAGAAUCCGACGAGGAUGUUGAUUCAGAUGUGGAUGAAGAUGAAUCUACGACAUUGAAGAAAAAAACAAGAGCUGAAAUAAUUGAAGAACAAAUACACAAUAAAUACGAACAGCUGAAGGGUACUCGACUAUAUGUGAGCUUUCCACAGAAACUACCACUCGAUGAUCAGGAAUUUGAUGCCAAAGUAAAAUCUCUACAUCAGCUAAUAACAAAGGCUGUGAAACCCCGGCAAAAGUAUGCACGCUUUUGCCUCGUGGAAUUCAAAUCUAAGGAAGAUCGAGAUACAGCGCUAGAGGAGAUUAAGGCGUCAAUUCAAAACGAUGUUGCUUACAAGGGAAUCUUCAUUUCACUGCCAAAAACCGAUUCCGAAGAGUUUGUCAACGAGCUAGUCGCACGCAAGCAACAAUCGCUAGAAAAAAAGAAAUCGAAGAACCUGUUGAAGCGAGCAAGCAAACAAGUCCAGCGCAAGGAAAUCUUCACAUCAUCCGUGGUGAUCACCAAUCUGCCAAAAACGACAUCAGUGGCACAGGUGCGCAAGCUCUUCGAAACUGCUGUCGAUAUACAAAUCAGGCCAGGCAAAGGCAAAUACCGUGACUCGAGCGCUGCAACAGUUACUCUGCCCACGACAAUGGAUGCGCGCAAUGCUCUUAAGCAGGAGCUGAGUAUAGGAGGCACCAAACUAAAUUUGCGUUUCAAUACGCAGCAACAGAAAAGACGCACGCGGAAAAACUUGAAGCGUAAAGCAACUAACGGAGACUUCCCCACAAUUGCCAAGCAGAAAAAACCGAAUCGAGCUGUAAAAACGAACUAACAAAUGGUUGAAUUAGCAAUUAUUUAACUAUAUAAACUAUAUCUAAUAUGCAAAUAAACUUUUUUAAGAUCUGAUAC